AUGUCUGAUGAUUGUACUUGUCUAUUCGGUCAUGAGCCCGGUGAAAUUUGUAGAGGAAACAGUCCGAUACCUGAGGAAUGUAGUCAUUGGAAAGACGAAAGAAUAAUACCAUGUAAAGUAUGUGGUAAAUUGACCUUUUCAACUCCUGGCGGCUAA